AUGGAGGGUGGCCCCAUCGGUCUCGUCCGCGACGGCGACACCAUCGUCAUCGACGCCGAGAAGAAGGUCCUCGACCUCGAGGUUCCCGAGGAGGAGCUCGUCAAGCGCCGCAAGGAGUGGAAGGCCCCUGAGCCCAAGGCUAAGCGUGGUACUCUCAGGAAGUACGCCCAGCUCGUCAAGGAUGCCAGCUCCGGCUGCGUCACUGAUGCUUAA